UGAGUAGCUCGUUCACAUACCGCAGACCUCAGUGUCCUGCCAGCCCCAGUCCUCGCUCCAUUCCGCCUCGCGGAGGGUUCUGGGAGGUGACGUCGCGGGUCUUGGUAGCGGGUCCGGUUUCCAGAGCUCGCGGCGCCGGGAGGAUUUUGUUCUUCGCCAAAAGAGAAAAUUGAAGAAGGAAGGAGGAAUGGCUGUUGGACUUUGUAAAGCCAUGUCCCAGGGGUUAGUGACCUUCAGAGAUGUGGCUGUAGACUUUUCCCAAGAGGAGUGGGAAUGGCUGGACCCAUCUCAGAAGGAUUUAUACCGAGAUGUCAUGUUGGAGAACUACGGGAACUUGGUAUGGCUUGGACUCUCCAUUUCUAAGCCCAACAUGAUUUCCUUAUUGGAGCAAGGGAAGGAACCUUGGAUGAUGGAGAGAGAGAUGUCACAUAGUCAAUGUGCAGACUGGGAGUCUUGGUGUGAAAUUAAGGAAUUAUCUCCAAAAUGGUUCAUUGAUAAAGAAGAAAUAUCCCAGAGGAUGGUAAUGGAAAGGCUUGCAAGUCAUGGCCUUGAAUGCUCCAGUUUCAGAGAAGCCUGGAAAUAUGAGGAUCAAUUUGAGCAGAAUCAGGGAAAUAAGGAGGUGCAUUUCAGGCAAGUGACAACUUUUAAGGAAAUCUCUACUGGGAAAAGAGACAAUGAAUACAAUAAUUCUGGGAGAAUCAUUCCACUGAAAUCAGUACUUUUAACACAACAGAGAAUUCCCACAGUAGAGCAAGUAAACAAAUUUGAUAUUUAUGAUAAAAUCUUUCCCCCAAAUUCAGUUAUAAUUGAGUAUAAAAGAAUCCAUGCUCAGAAGGAAUCUUUGAUAGGUAAUGAAUGUGAAGAAUUCAACCAGAGUACACAUUUUAGUAAAGAUACAGAAAUUUCUUCUGGUGAGAAACCUUAUGAAAGUAAUGAUUUUUCAAAUCUCUUAAGUUUCCACUCAUUACUUACUCAACAUCAGACCACUCAUUUUGGAAAAUUACCCCAUGGGUAUGAUGAAUGUGGUGAUGCCUUUAGCUGUUAUUCAUUCUUUACUCAACCUCAGAGAAUUCACAAUGGAGAGAAAUCAUAUGCAUGCAAUGACUGUGGAAAAGUCUUUAGCCAUGGUUUCUUUCUAAGUGAACAUCAGAGAACUCAUAUUGGAGAGAAACCGUAUGAAUGUAAGGAAUGUAACAAAGCCUUCAGACAGAGCGCACACCUUACUCAACAUCAGAGGAUCCACACUGGAGAGAAACCCUUUGCAUGCAAUGAAUGUGGGAAGGCCUUUAGCCGUUAUGCUUUCCUUGUUGAACAUCAGAGAAUUCACACAGGAGAGAAACCAUAUGAAUGUAAGGAAUGUAACAAAGCCUUCAGACAGAGCGCACAUCUUAAUCAACAUCAGAGGAUUCACACUGGAGAGAAACCCUAUGAAUGUAAUCAAUGUGGAAAAGCCUUCAGCAGACGCAUAGCUCUCACUCUGCAUCUAAGAAUUCACACAGGAGAGAAGCCCUUCAAAUGUAAUGAAUGUGGGAAGACCUUUGGCUAUCGCUCACACCUUAAUCAACAUCAGAGAAUUCAUACCGGAGAAAAGCCCUAUGAGUGCAUCAAAUGUGGGAAGUUCUUUAGGACUGAUUCACAACUUAAUCGACAUCAUAGAAUUCAUACUGGAGAGAGACCAUUUGAAUGCAGUAAGUGUGGAAAAGCUUUCAGUGAUGCUUUAGUUCUAAUUCACCAUAAGAGAAGUCAUGCAGGAGAGAAACCCUAUGAAUGUAACAAAUGUGGGAAGGCCUUCAGCUGUGGCUCAUACCUUAGUCAACAUCAGAGAAUUCAUACUGGAGAGAAACCCUAUGAAUGUAAUGAAUGUGGGAAGGCUUUCCAUCAGAUUUUAUCCCUUAGGUUACACCAGAGAAUUCAUGCUGGAGAAAAACCCUAUAAAUGUAAUGAAUGUGGGAAUAAUUUUAGCUGUGUCUCAGCUCUUAGACGACAUCAGAGAAUUCAUAAUAGAGAAACCCUCUGAUUAUAGCCAGUAUAGGAAAGAGACCAUUUAGUUGACACUUAGUCCUUCCUUAUUGGAUAUAAGUGAAUUCUUUGUGGUUAGUAAUUCUAUGAAUGUAGUGCAUAUGGAAAAGCCCUCAGUUCAUGAGCAUCCAUUAUUUGAAAUAGCCUGAGUAGCAGUCAUCUGUUACUUUUUGAUCUGUUCUAUACCCCACUUAUGUCACCCUCAAUGCAUAUGAUUCAGAUGAAACUUAAUCAGGACAACAAUGAAUUCAUCACAGGCUGGCCAAUUGUUUUCUCCAACCUAGUGAUUAAUAAGGGAUUGGCAAAUGGCCCUGUCUGGACCAGUAGAGCCCUUUGUGGGUAUUGUUAUGGAUAGUAAGAGAAAUGAUCUUCUUCCACCCCCUGGAAUUGCAAGUUUCAAAGAUUCAAUAAGGUUAAAAAGGUUAACUCACGAGUAACCUUUUUGCCACCCCACAAGGAAAGACUUCUCAAAUUGAAAUCCAACACAGAGGAAACUGGAGAUGAGAGAAAGAAAUCUGAUGACAUUGUUUGAUCUGGAUCCUGUCAUGCCUGGUGUCUACACCAUCUUUUACUUUUUUAUUUUUGUAAUCCAAUAAAUUUCAUUUUUUUGCUUAAGUGGAAUUAGAUUUUUGCCUCUUGGAAUUCUGGUACUGACUCACAUACCCUAUGUUUGCUAUACAUGUGAGAAAGCCUUAAUCUUUUAUGUGGCAUAAUUAUUUAUGCCAAGGAAAAACCUUAUGAUGUAACAAGUAUAUGGAACUUGAAUACACAGCCAUCAUAAAGCUGAGAGAAUUGCUAUAUUUUAUUUGUUGAUAAAAUUAAUUUAGUGGUUAUUAGUCUGUUUCACAAUAAGGAUGAAUAUUUUGAAAUUCACCUAGUCAGAUUCCUUAACAGGCUUUCCCUUAAGGAGUUAAAAUCCUUUGUGCCAGUGACUCACCAUAGGCAUAUAAAGAGAGAAUGGAAAGCUGACAGA